AUGGUUGACACCUCCGCCGUGGUGUUGGAGAGUGUUGUCGUAGAAGAACCUCCCGUCGUCCUGCAGAGUCUAAAAGGAGCCGCUGUCGGGGAUGGUGCAGGUGCAGGCGAUGCCGCUACUCCUGGCGUUGAUGAGGUGGGGCCUGGCGCUGAGGAGCCGGAGCAGAAUGGCCGGCCGUUUUCUCCCCAAAUGAAGUCCCCUCACAUAAGCACGCUCUACGAGAAGCAGGACGUGAUGGUGAAGCAUUUCGGGGUGACACAGAAGCAGGCGCUGCGCACACAGGCGCUGCUGAGGCUGGGAGUUACUGAUGAGGACGUCCGGAUUGCCGAGCGAUUAAUGGGGUCACGUUCAGAAGGGGCGGACAAUACACCCUCCAAGGAAGAAUGGCUACUGGGAGUCACAUACGCACAGAUGAGCUUUCACAAGGCGCUGCAGGUGUUGGGGAUAUCCGAAGCUGUGGUGGAGGAGGAGAGGUCACGGCGACUUGGCGAGCUCGGGUCUGGCGGGAGGGGGGGGGGGGCGUCGGAAUGUGGCGCUGGUCAGGAGGCGGAGGACACGUGCGGUAGGUUCUUCAUCAAGAAGCGGCGGUCAUCGAUCGAAGAACUGGGAACCACACUACCCGGGGAGGUAGCCUUUGCAAAUUCGCGAGUGCUGCAGCUGGAGGAAGUCUGCCACACGCAAAUGACGCGUAUCCAGGAGCUUGAGUCUCAGCUCGCUGUACUUUCCGCGAGGUCGUCCACAUCGGAUUCGUGAAAUGGGUCCAGUUUGUACACUUUUCGCCCCGCGGCCAAUGACGAUGGGCGUUCAGGAGGGCAGUGAGAACCCGAGCGUUUCGACGAUGUCAUUGGGUUCUUGUGAGGGUCCCGCCACGAGGCGAGAAGUCGUCGAUCGAUAAUCCACAAUUCGUACACGGAUUGAUGCAAGCCACGGGUUCUGGGCGGCGGGGGGGUAUAACUUUUUUCUCUCUCUCAUGUAAACACAACCGUGAGAUUCUCACGUUCGCCUUUAACCAGGUUGGCCGUCAAACUUUUGCUCCUAUACCAUACAAAAUGUAUCCCCCCCGUGUAUGGGCCGGGGGUAAAUGGAAAACGUACCCACAUUUACAUUUUUUUUCGCAAGAGGUACGGGAUGGGGAGGUUUGUAUUGAAUUGUUUUGUUUG